GCAUUUUGAGAUAAAUAUCAAGAUUAUCCGAAUGCAUUUUUAAUCAGUUCGAUUCUUAUCAUCAUCGAUUCGGUAAUAAGUAUGAUUAUUUACCAAGUGGAAUACCAUAAGGGGUUAUGUGCAGAAAGUUCAACUACCUGUAGGAGUAAUGUGCUGAUAUGAAAAGUAUGAGGGGAUUAUGUGCAGAAAGCUUAAACCUAAGGGGUUUAAGUGUUAUUUACCCAUUUAAUUAAUCUUUCAACCUAACCCACACAUCUCGAAGUUUCCGUUCCAUUUCCAAGAAAGCAAAGAGGUUGAAGAAACCAUGGCGGAUCUCCCGCCGGAGCUCGUAGAAGACAUACUCCGCUGCCUCCCGGUGAAAACACUCAAGCGCUUCCGCGCCGUCGCCAAAUCAUGGCGUUCUCUGAUCGACGGCGACGAUUUCGCCAAAUUGCACCUGCGCCACUCCUUAACCACGAACUCGAACCGGAAUCUCAUAAUCGGAGGCAUCGGCGUUUACACCGUCGCCUUGGAUUCGCUCGACGGGGCCCACCCCAUCAAACCCCCGUUCUAUUACAAAACCGUCGACGAGAUCUCGAAUUCCUGCAACGGCGUCGUUUUGGUGAUGAGCGAACCCCCAAUUUUAUGGAACCCCUAUUCGGCAGACUACAAGGUUCUGCCCGAUUGCCCGGUUGAACGCGCCGCUCCGGAUGGGUGUUACUGCAUGACCGGGUUUGGGUUCGGGUACGAUUCGAGAAACGACGAUUACAAGGUGGUUAGGGUUACGGAAUUCCGCCACAUAAUUAACCAUAGCUCGAUGGCCAACGUGGCCAGUAUCUACAGCCACAGGUCGAAUUCGUGGAGGGGAAUCGACCCCGUUCCGUAUCCGCUGACGUUCUCGAGGGGGAGCUGGCGCGUGCAUGUAAACGGCGCGUUGCAUUCUCUGGCGCAGGAUUCGGGUAGUGUACUCGGGUUGAUAAUCAUGGGUUUUAGUCUCGAGACGGAGAUGCAUUAUCCGAUGGCGAUGCCCGAUGGGGUUCGGGUUCGGGGUUUCGUAUUGACGUUGGAUGUGGUCGGUGAUCGUCUCGCUUUGGUUUGUACUAGUAGGUAUAGGGCUGUGAUUUGGGUGAUGGAGGAGUACGGAGUGGCGGAUUCGUGGGUGGAGUUGGUGGCGCUUCGUUGUCCGGCUAUCGAGAGGAACGAUUUCGUGACCCCGUUGGUGUAUUCGAAGGAGGGCGAUCGGGUUCUUUUGAACUGCGAUGAUAAGAGGCUCGUUUGGUACGAUUUGAGAACGAAGAGCGUUGAUUACGUGACUGUCAAGGGUUUGCCUUUCGCGUUUUACGCGGAGGCUUGUGUUGAGAGCCUCGUCUCGCUUGGUGGUGGUGGCAGAGGUAAAAUCAAGAAUUCGAAACUCGAGAAGGAUGAAAGGAAGGAAAAUAUAAGGAGGAAAAGAUUGGAUGCGAAAGGUGAAAAAGCUAUGCCGAAUCUCCCAUCGGAACUCGUCGAAGACAUCCUCCGCCGCCUCCCGGUGAAAUCACUCAAGCGAUUCCGCACCGUCGCGAAGAAAUGGCGCUCUCUGAUUGACAGCGACAGGUUCGUUAAGCUGCACCUGCGCCACUCCCUAGCCUCGCUCUCCAACCGCCACCUCAUCACCGGCGGCGUUGGGGUUUGCACCGUCGCUUUGGAUUCGCUCGACAAGGCCGAGUACGUCAUACCGCCGUUCCGUUUCAACGGCAGCGAAGAGAUCUCCCACUCCUGUAACGGUGUGAGACUACAAAAUUCUCCCCGAUUGCCCCGUCGAAUCCGCCGCUCCGGCGAAUUCCCUACUCCAAAACCCCAAAACACGGUAUACGAGUUCGGCUACGAUUCGAGAAACGACGAUUACAAAGUAAUUAGGGUUUCGGAUUUUAGGCACAAAAUCACCCAUGCUUCAAUUGCGAACGAGACCAAAAUCUACAGUCUGAAGACGAAUUCGUGGAGAAGAAUCGAUCCCCUCCCUUCUCCGCCGCCGUACUUGCAGUUGAACUGGCGCGUGCACUUAAACGGGGCGGUUCACACUCUAGUGGAGGAUCCGGAAAAUGCUAACGGGGCGAGGAUCAUGUGUUUCAGCCUCGAAACAGAGACGGUUCAUCCGAUGAAGAUGCCUAGUGGGAUUAACGUUAGGGAUUUCGUUGUUAGUUUGGAUGUGACCGGAGAUUUUCUCUCUGUGGUGUGUAGUAAUAAGAAGAGGGUUGUGAUUUGGGUGAUGAAGGAGUACGGAGUGGCGGAUUCGUGGGCGAAAUUGCUGUCGAUUAGCUCUCAUUCGUACCAAAGGAGCGAUUACGUUAAGCCGUUGGUUUACUCGAGGCGGGGCGAUAGGGUUCUUUUGAGUUGCAAUGAUAAGAGGCUUGUUUGGUAUGAUUUGAGAAGGAAGAGUGUUCGCGAUGUGUGUGUUGACGGUUUGCCUGUCGUGUUUUAUGCCGAAGCUUGUGUUGAGAGCCUCGUUUCUCUUGAUGGUGGCAGAGGUGGAAUCAAGAACUUGGGACAGGAUAAGGAGAAAAUAAGGAAGAAGAGGGAUGAUUUCUUGUCCAAGGGAUUCAAGUUGGUGCUUUAGCAAGAUGGUAGCAACUGGAUGAGGCAACAGAGAAAUUUUUUUAGCUGGAGAUUACUUAUGCACAAUCCACGGGCUUGGCUUUCGGGCCUCACUUGUUUUGGUUGAAGAUGGAUCGAGUUUUGUUGGACGUGUUUUUUUUUUUUUUUUUUUUGUGUAGAAGGAUUUUUGGUACUAUUAUUAUUAGUAUUAUGGAACAAUAUAUGCUAAAAAUCUGAAUGGUAAUUAAAUCUUGUGAUCUUGGUG